UGCAAUGCACUGCUCAAAGUAGAUGCAGACGCAUAAAUCGGACGCUUAGUAGAGACGCUAGAACGCGUUAGAAUGAUCUGGUAUACAAGUUAGCCUGAUAUUUCUCAUGUAGCUUUUGUAGGAAACUUUAAGCACGGGGGACUAUAAUGGCAGAAAAGGUGUCCAAUGCAGCCCGAGUCCAGAGACAGGAUACCGGAGUGGUGACAAGUUCAACGAAAAAACCGCUUCUGAAUUUAUUUCCGCAACGGUCCGACUGUAAAUAUACACCCAGCUACUGUGAAGAAAAUGUGUGGCAUUUAUGUCAUGCUGUAAGUAAUCACCAUCCUAAGGAACUCCAGCACUGUUAUGUAGUAUUUGUGUCAAACGAUCACCGUACUGUCCCAUUAUGGAGGCAGAAAGCCGGGCAUGAAGAAGAAAAACUUGUCAUAUGGGAUUAUCAUGUACUCUUCCUGUACACUCCAGAUGACCGUUGUUUGGUAUAUGAUUUAGAUUCGGAGUUACCAUUUCCGACUUACUUCCACAAAUAUGUUACAGAAACAUUCCGCACAGAUCAUAUUCUGAAGCCUGACUACUUCAGGUAUUUUCGUGUUGUGCCAGCACCAGUAUUUUUGCAACACUUUGCAUCAGACAGAAGACACAUGAAACGUUUGGAUGGUGCUUGGUUGAAGGCUCCACCUGACUAUCCCCCUAUCACUACUCCUUCUUGUUCUCACAAUCUUGAAGAAUUUAUUAAUAUGGAUCCAACAAAGGGUCAUGGAGAAGUCAUGAAUCUUACACAACUUGUUCGCAAGUUCUAUCAACAGACAUAGGUAUGGCUUCCGUACAUCAUUGUAAUUAAGUUUUAUACUAAUUUUUCUACAAGAAAACCACUGGAAUUUACUGUUUACUCUCUGAUAUUCUAUUAAAUGAUGUUGAAGUGUGAAACCUGUAAUAGUUGCAUCUUAAAUUGUUACAGUUUUGAGUGUGUCGAUUAACUUAAGGGAAGUUUGCUUGUUGGCACUGAAAACUAUUUGCUGAUGAUAAAGUGUGCUUGAGCAUAAUAUGUGAUAUUCUGUUUGUGAAUGCUUCCUAUACAUCAAAUGCUCAUUGCAGAGUGGUAUGGCAUGGAUAAUUUGUCACAAGUUGCUGUAAAAUGCAGAUAAUAUUUUGUGAAUUUGUUGCCUGUUAAAUACGCUGUUGAAACUAAAGUUUCCUACAGUUUCUGUUAGUAUAUGUCCAUUACCGUGUUUUUACCCCAUACCCACAUCCUGCCUCAUUUCUCAUUUACCAAGGCAGUUGUGAACCUAUUAAUUUCUUUACAAAAUUUAAGCGCUAUUUAUAUCAGCUUCAGUAGAAGUUUUUGAAAAUUUUCAUAAAAGACAUUUAUAAUCAUAACAAGAAGUUCCGAUAAAUAUUUGUAAGGGUUAUAAUGUAAUAAUUUGUUAAAUUUGAAUAUGGUAGUAUUGAAGUGAGAAGUUAUACAGAUGAAUAACAGUUGCUGCAUUUGUUUGCAGCUGUCCUAGUUCAUAAUUCAUCUGCAAAAAUUUUUAUAGAGAAAUCCUAGAUAUUUCCUUUACCUGUAUAAUUUCUUGGUUACUUCUACAUGACUAGUAGUCAAAUCAAAUAGGAUGGAAGAUCUUUGUUGAGUCUGUCUGUCUGUCUGUGUGUGUGUGUGUGUGUGUGUGUGUGUGUGUGUGUGUGUGUGUGUGUGUGUGUUUUUUCAUUUUUGUCCCUCUCUCAACCUCCUUCCUGUGCUUGGGUGGUCUGUAGUUUCACACUAAAUUUUGUAAGUUGAAAGUUUGUUCAGAAAAUUUGUGUAUCUUCAGUGGGUAAAUAUUUCAUAUUGACUCUGCAUAUAUAUUUCUGUUACUGAUCUUGUGUAUCCUUAAGGCUUACUAUCCGUAGUACUUCUCAAAAAUGUAACAAUUGAUUUGUUUUUAAGUGUGAUGUGCUAAGAUGCACUAUGUGUGGUGUGAAAUGGAAGUAGGAGCUGAUUCUUGUCUUCUUUCUUCCCUUGCAGACUUAUGCUACAAUCUCCAGAUUUGUAAUAAAUUCUGAAAGAUGAUUUCUUGCAUGUAAUUCCAAAUCACAUAUGUAUCAGAAAUCACUGCGAAAUACUGUAAAUUUUAAGCUUGUACCAGGUGCAUAUAGUUGAUUAUUACAACUCUAACCUGUCCAUUUACAAAGGUAAUGAGGACAUACCGAUAAGUGCCCAGAAUCAAACUCAAAACAGUUUUUAUCAGAAUUUUGUUGUUGCAGUAAAAAAUCUUAGUCCAUAAAUAACUUUGUCCAUCAUAACCACAACCACAUCAUGUAACUGAAAAAUAGGAGAGGCAGCAGUUGGUGUUUUGUAGUUGUACAUAGUCUAUAGAUUUUGUUAUGAACAAGUGUUAAUGUAUCUGUAAUGUAAAUUUAUAGUGAGCUUCUCUUUCUAUCUUUAUUUAUAAUUUUGAGUGUUACUAGCAUUUAAUAUUUUUCUCUUCAUCUAAUAUAUUUUCUAACAAAUCUUGUGAAGGUGUACUGAAAGGAGAAGGUAUAGCUUUCAAAGAAUAAGUGAAGGUUGCUACAAAACUGUGUAUUAUGUUUUGGUGUUAUGUUUCAGCAGUUUUGAGGUGAGAUUGACUUUACUUACUCUGCUUUGUGGUUGUCAUUCAGAGUAAACUUAGAUAUUUUGUGACCAUUAGUCAUUUUGUAGUUCCUAUGUAAAAGUGUAAUUGCAAAUAACCUUUUAUUGUCCUUGGUAACAUUGCAUCAAUUAGAGAAGUAAGCUCCAAUUUGUGGUAGACAAACCUUAUAUAAUCUUGCGAUGUAUUAAUUCCAUGGAAACAUCUUAAUUGCUAAAAACAUUAUUUAUGACACGUUUCGGGUAGUCAUCAUCAGAUAAAAUAUGCUUAAGAAAGCUCAUACAAGUGAUCAGUACAAGAAAAACAUACAAUCUCUGUGCAAUUGCCAUUUGACGUAUUUGCAAAAGAUGAUGUGUCUCCAUAUAACAUCUUUUGCAAAUAUGCCUAACAGCAAUUGUACACGAGAUUGUACAAUUUUUGUGUAUUGCUCAGUUGCUUGAACUUUCCUAAAUAUAUGUUAUCCGAUGAUGAUUACUCGACCACUUAAUGAAUAAAGUUUUUAGCGAUCAAGACAUUUUCAUGGAAUUAAUACACAUAGUCCAGAUGGUUGCCUAUCUUACAAAUGGAAGACCUUACCUACUGUUUGGAAAAUUUGAAUGUGGCAGAUGGUAAAAUGAUUCGUGAAGUGUGACAAAAUUCUUUUGGCUGCAAAAGGUGGUUUGCUAUAUCUCUUGAAAUUUUUCUGUAACAAACUUUUGUAUUAAUUUUUAGGGCUUUACAUAUACUUGAUGUGUUAGUUAACAGUUCUGAUAAAGAAUGGCAGUGAUCCACGUAAAAUACCUUUAACUAGUAAUUGGUCUCUUUCUUCUGGCGUUAUAGAGAAGUUGCUGUAUAUAUUGUAAUUUUCUUUCACUAACUAACCUUUCCUCUAAUUUUCUGAUUUUUAAUUUUCAGUUGAUACGUUAGUUAAAACAUAAUGGCAUAGUAUAGGGGAAGUGAGUCAUUAGUCCAUUUUCUUGAUAAACAGAUGGCAAGAGGUUCAGUGAGUAAUAACAUUACACCAUUUUGUUGAAGGACAAAUGGCAUGUAAUACUCCUUUAGGCACUAAAUGCCUUCUGGACUUUGACAGUUUGCUGUGUGUAUUUUACUUUUCUUUCACUAACCAAAUUUUCUUCUAACUUUAUAAUUUUUAACUUUUAGUUGAUACAUUAGCUAACACAUAAUGACAUAGUAUAGGAGAAGUGAGUCAUUAGUCCAUUUUGUUGAUUAACAGAUGGCAAGAGGUUCAGUGAGUAAUAACAUUACACCAUAUUGUUGAAGGACAAAUGGCAUGUAAUACUCCUUUAGGCACUAAAUGGCUUCUGGACUUGUAGAGUAGUUUGCUAUAUUUAUGUUACUUCUCUUUCAUUAACCAAACUUCCUCCUAGUUUUAUGAUUUUUCCCUUGUAGUUGAUAUGUUCACUAACAUAAUGAUAUAGUAUAGGGGAAGUGAGUCAUUAGCCCAUUUUGUUGAAAAAAAAUGGCAAGAGAGCCAGUGAGUCAUAACAUUACACCAUUUUGUUGAAGGACAAAUGGCAUGUAAUACUCCUUUAGGCACUAAGUGCCUUCUGGACUUGUAGGGUAGUUUGCUAUAUGUAUGUUACUCUUCUUUCACUAACCAAUGUUUCUUUUAAUUUUAUGAUUCUUCUCUUUUAGUUGAUAUGUUAACUAACGGAUAAUGAUACAGUACAGGGGAAGUGAGUCAUAAGCCCAUCUUGUUGCUCAAUAGAUGGCAAAAGGAGUAAAGAGCAAUAAUAUUACAUCAUUUUGUUGAUGGAGAAAUGCCAUGUAAUAUCCCUUUAGGCAAUAAAUGCCUACUGGUCUUAUAGGGUAGUGUGACUGUAUGUGUUGUAUUUGUCUUUCACUUUUCCACCUUUCGCUUUUAUUUAAUAUCUUACUAGACACAUUCUGACAAAGUAUAAGGAAAGUGAGCUGUAAGACCAAAUUUUGUGAUAUCCCUGCUUAUAUGUGUAACAAACUUAUUUGUUUGGUGAUAUGUUUCACGGUUACUAUGUAUUAAGCUUUCCCUUUCAUAUUGCACUGUUUAAUGUUGCUGCCCUGCACUGAUGGUAACCAUUAGAAACUUAUUUUAAUUUUCUAGUUUCACAAUAAUUUUUAUCAUUGUGAUCUGUGGUUACUUGUCCAUAAGCAGUUUUCUUAAAGGCUACUCAUUAGUUGUUUUGUCAAUGUCAAAUGGCAAUCCCUGAAAGUUGUUUCCUUCUUCAAAAUUAACCAAUCGAAGGACUGCAUAAAAGUAUUGAAUUACAGUACAGUUAAAUACCAGACAUUUCAGUAUAAAUGUGUUAUUGUAUUGAAACAUGCAGCAGUGGAAAUGAAUGUUUACGUUAACAGCAGUUAUGAAAGUCCUUCUAUGCAGGAUAGCUGUGUGUUGGAAUUAAAAGAGAAAAAGAGUGGAGCUGUAGGACCUGGUUGGUGUUGUGGUUAUGGUGGUGGCCAGGGAUAAAUGAUCUGCUGUUAUGAAAGAGAUUACCUAUUUCUGUGCUACCUCCCUUCUUCUUCUUCUCUCUCUCUCUCUCUCUCUCUCUCUCUCUCUCUCUCUCUCUCUCUCUCUCUCUCUCUUUAAAUAUCCACUCUUCUUCUGAUUUGUUGAGAUUUAUUCAAAGGUGAUUUUAGUUUCUUCUUGUGUUUACGUUGCACAUGACAUUGUGUGAAAUAAAUUGACAAUAUUUGUAGUCUAGUUAAAUGUGUUGUUCUUUAAUUGUUAAAUUAUUUUUAAUGUUAUCAAUGUUUAUGAAAGAAGUAGUAAAAUUACAUUAGUCUAACAGUCUUUUAUUUUCGGUAAAAAGGUGGAAAAGGAAAAGGUAAUCUGUAUAGGAGUUUCAUUUUUAAGUGUUUUGAGUUUGAUCACUGGUAUUGAGGACAUUGUAAUUCUCCUAAGGAAUGCGUACUUUUUCUAAAAAAGAAAAUAAAACAUUACCCCACUUAGCUUGCUUAUCAAUAAAAUCAUACUUUCCACCUUAUAUUGGUGUGCUUUUUUGUGAUCAGUCUUUUUUUUAACUAAGACACAUUUUUGUGAUUUGUACAAAACUUCUUAAAACUUAUAUACAGUAUUUUGAAAUUACAUUUUAUACAAAGUUUUAAACAUCUUACUAUAAAAAUAUGUAAUCAAUACAGUUUUUGAAACCUCAGAAUUUGUUAUUGUUUAAUAAUGGUUUCAAUAUUUUUUCCAUGUAUAAGUAAAUGUAAGGAUCAAUAAACUAAAAUUAUAAGGGAUUGCACUAUCCUUAUAGCACUUUCUGACAUACCAUGCUUACUUUGUGGUUCCUCUAUGUGUGGUUAGUUAAGAAUAUGUUGUAAAUAUCCCUCUAUUGCUUUCAGAAGAUAGACCUUGAAGAAACUUAAUAUGAUACGCUUGUAUACUGAUUGGUGUUUGGAACACAAUUUGUUUAAUACAUAUGUUCAUAAAUUGUUGUCUGCAGUAAAAUUGACUGUUGUAUCUUGAAGUAAAAUACAUAUAUACUACAUAUUCUGAACCACACAAAUAUUGCUCUGAAGUUGCUGGCAGCUACAUUCAUUUUGCAAAUGCCAAAUGCUAAUUUUUGCAAUUAGCAAAGAAAUAACCACAUCCAACAGGUUAUCUUGAUAGACAAUAAAAUUCAGAAUAAGACAGUAGCUGUCAUAAAUAUUGACUAGUUGAGUGGGCAGAAAAUAAGGUUUUAAUCAUGAAAGUUUGAACAGUAAAAAGAAAUAUGUUGUGCUUAAUUGGAUUGUCUUCCUGUUGAAGAUAGCUUGCUCAAAUGUUCAGGCCUGACAGCGAUGGCCAUGUUCUUAGUAAUAAGUUACAUGCAAAGUUUGGCAUAUAUGUAUGUAGCUUAUUGUAAGGCAUUGCUUUUCAAAACAUCACUUUUAGACAAUAUUAGGAAAAUAAGUAUCCACAGUAAUGCAGUUGAAAUAAAUGGCACACUCCAAAGAACAAGUUGAAGUACCAUGUUCCUUAUUUGUGCCUAUAUUCAACACGAUGCCUCUACCAUAUAGUGAGUGGUUAUUUUCACUCAUUCUCUUCUUCAUAUUUUACUCAACCUUUUCUAAUAUUGUAUCAUUCAUUGUAACUUCUGUGUGUAAUUGAAUUAAACAGUUCACGUAAUUUGUCACUUAAUGCCCAUAUACUAUGUAAAGAACAGUGCAUGUAUAUUAAACUUCACUGCUGUUUCACACUUAAUUAGUAGUAUGAUUCAGACAAUAAUUACAGUUGAUACACGAGAUUUUUAAAAGGCUUGAAAAAUAAUUUGAAUACCUCAGGUGAAGGAAAGGCCAUAACAAACAGAAAAAGUGACAAAAAAAAUCUAAGAAACCUCUACCUUGAGUGUUACAUUCUCAGUUCCAAACUUGCAUCUGCUAAGUGUGCUGUGAUUUGUUUGUUCAUUCUUUUUUGAAAUGAUAUGUCAAGAUCAUGUUAUCGAAGACCAGUGUAAGUUCAGUUUUUUUUUCCCCCGAACUCUGAAAUUCCACACUAUGCAAUCAUAAGAACACGUAAUGUACUAGAAUUAUUGUGAAGAUAAUUUCCCAGCAUUAUUUCCAGAAAAUGAUAACAUGUGCCUAAAUGAGUGAUGUAACAAAUGGACUUGCAUUUUCUGUAAAUCUUACUUAGUAACCUACUACAUUUUUAUAUAUCUUUCUUACCAAAUUUUUUAUGAGAAAGGACAAAGUAGGUAUCAUUCCUCAAAAUACCCCCUGCACUUAUCUAACGGAAGGAAGAUUAAGGAAAGGUCACAGAACCUACCCUGCAGCUUCCCAGUUGGACAAUAGGUGAUGGAGUGUUGAAGGAGACUGAUGCGACUGUGGUGCAUUGGUGCAUACAUAGACUCAAGGUGUUAGAAAUGUUGUGUGUCAGUAAUAAUAAUAAUAAUAAUAAUAAUAAUGGAACAACAAGGAAACCAUGUACAAUGUUCUUCAAAUUAAUAAUGACUGCUAAAGUAACUAUGUUCACUUCAAUAUAUAUGUGCAAAUGGCCAUUCUUUUUCUGUCCCAUCAUUUUUGCUAUCUAAGCUUAAUCUUCAGAAGGAGAAGAGGAGGGAAGGAGGUGUUGUAGGACAAGAAAAGAGAUGAGCAAGUCACUCACAUGAUUAGCCCAGAUUAGUAACAACAGCAAUGGUAAUUAUGCCAUCUGAAGAAUUGCAGUAAAAAUGUAAUGCAAUUUGUGACUGACCUGCUCCUCAAUUUUGCUGACAGUGCCUUUCCUUUUUUCUUUGCUUUCUUUUUUACAGUUAUCAGUCUAUAAAUUAGGCUAUUAGUGUUUCAGUAUUUGUUCCUGGUAAGUGUUAAUCAUUUAUUUUAAUUUGCAACAUUACACAUAAUGAAAGCUUUUCAAGGUCUAUCUUCUCUACAAUUCAAUUUGUGAUAUAACAUGCAAGGGCAAAUAUGAAAAUGUCAUUAUGUGAUAUUUAUGAAGUAUAAGACUGCAGAGUUAGCCUUCUCUAUCUACUAUUGUCUUUCCACCUUCUCAUUUUGGAAACUGUAAAUAGAUGUAUAUAAUAUAUAUGAAGACCAAAAACUGAAAAAUGUAACUACAUGGGUUGCAGACAUGGGCCCCAAAAAGAAAACAUGAAGAAAUUGCUUCAUAAUUGAAAGUCUGAGACAUUUUUCAUCUGAGGAUAGUAGUGUUCAUUUAAUUGGGAUGUUGACCAAGAGCACAACUAUUCAAAACAUAAGACUAUUCCUGAUAUAAUCAAUGCAUUUUUGCAACUGUCACUUAGGUGAAAAAUUUAUUAUAAAAGCUUAAUUUGUAUGUGGUAAAAUAAGUUUCUUGUGUGUCUGCAAGUUUCAUUAGCAUUAAGUCUUUAAAUGUGAGAAGGGGCCCAUUUCUCCAUCCAUUGUCUGUAUGUAAUAAUUAAUUUUUCACCUUGGGGCCACAACUUCACUCCAUUCUUUUAUGAAAUUAAAUUCUGUUUGAUCAUUAUAUGUAAUUUGCUCAAUACGUCAAUUACUACACUGAGAUAUAGUGAAUAUCUGGGUAGUGUUAUUGACAACUUACGAUUUUCCAUACUAACUCUUUUUUAGAGAUUUAUCCACUAAUAUUUUAUGAGCACUUGUAUACUGUAGUCAUUCAUGUAACUCUUAUAGAGCUCCACAAGGGUGCCAUGUUGUUUAUCAAAUUUAAAGAAUGUUGGUCAUUUUUUCCAUACUUGAAGAUGUUCUCUCUCUUUCUGUGUGUGUGUGUGUGUGUGUGUGUGUGUGUGUGUGUGUGUGUAAAAUUACCGUUUUUCUGUUAAGACAAACUCAUAUUGAUAGUGCCUUUAACACAUCUGAAAUGUCUUGUCAUUUCUGAUGUUAAUAACAGCUGCCUAGAGUUCCUCAAAUUACCUGUGAUUUUCUUGAAACCAGCACAUCUCUACAUUUAUCCAUACUGGUGUGAACUUUCUUAAACCAGUUGUAUGUUCUAUCCAUUUUUGUAAAUACUUUGAUUGGGUUGGCAGUAAUAGCUUGAACUAUUCAUAUGUGGUAGUUGCCUUGUAACCAUAAAUUUGUGAAAUUCCUGUUCCUUGAUAUGUACAUAAAAAUACUUUGAAAGAGAACCAUUUCAAAGUAAAAAAAUCUAGGAAUUCGUGUAUAAUAUUCUCAAAGUUCAUAUGGAAAAGGAAAUAUUGUGAAUCUAAGAAGUUGUGGCUCCAGUGGUAAAUGCUUUAAAUUUAUUGUAAUAUUUGUAAUAUGGGUUGUUUCAUCUGUUUAAGAUUCAUUGGAAUCUUAUGCAGUCAAGUUUCCAAAUUUUCAUAGAUUUUUAAUUCAGUUACAUUGUUCUGAUAAAGUUACGGGUAUAAUCUUUGUAAUUAACUUUGUUCAUAAUCUUUGUUUUUUUUUUUUUUUUUUUAUUUUAAGAAUAAACGAAAGGAGUUAACUAGCUUUAAGUAUGGAGUGUGGAGCAAUGCUCCGGUGUGGACAUUUGUUCAUUGGAUUUUUUCAUUGUGCCAUUGUUGAGGUAUGUUUAUUGCUUACCUGUAAUAAUAAACAUUUGUUAACAUCUACAGCAUGUGAUUCCCUCAUCUUUUACAAAUUUUAUAUAUCAGUCAUUUUGUACAGAAAUGUAAAUUACAUAAAAAAAACUUAUUUUCAAACUAUUUGAUCAGUAUCCCACUCUGUGCACUUAAAUUCUCUGAGAACAUUGUUAUUGCAGUGUUGAUGCUUAAAUAAAUUAUUUGAAAACA